GGCCUGUGACGUCAGAGAGCGCAGAGCCCUAGUCCCUGCUGCCUCUGUUAUUGCAGCCAAAGGCUGGGAGUAGCAGCAGCGACCCGGGCGGCUCUGGCUGUGCGAGGGGCUUCGCGCAGUGCAGCUUCCCGGGUGCGUGCGGGGAGAGCGCUGGAGCCCCUGCCGCAGAGCCUGGCCAUGCACAGGGAUUCAGCCGCCGCCGCCGCCUCCACCAGCAGGAACUUUCCUGGCGGGAGCUUAAUGGCUGCGAAGGGGGAAAUCUAAGAACAAAGUCUUCGCCUCCAGCCCAGCGCCGGGGAGAGGGAGAUCCGGCAGCAGCAAUGAGCCCAGGGGCUGCCUGGCAUUGAUGUCUCCGUGCCUCCCCCCGGCGGGAGGACUGAGAAUCCCUCGCGUACCUGGGGCACAGCCGAGCGAGUGAGCGAGGCAGCGGCGGCAGAGGGGCAGCGGCUCCCCCGGGGCUGCUUUGACACUGACUUGGAAACUUCCCCGGGGCCGGGGCUCCCCGGCCGCACCCCGCCGCCUCCCCCGGAGAGCCCGCUUGGCCGCGGGUUCGGGGGAGCGGGUGACUCUCUCCGCUCUCCCCUGCCGGUGUCAUGGCGGUGAAAGGGGCUGCGGCAGGUACCGGAAUGUUGUUAGUAACAGCCAACGUUGGAUCCCUCUUUGAUGAUCCAGAAAAUUUACAGAAGAAUUGGCUUCGGGAAUUUUAUCAGAUUGUACAUACACACAAGCCACAUUUUAUGGCUUUACAUUGUCAAGAGUUUGGUGGAAAAAACUAUGAAGCUUCCAUGUCUCAUGUGGACAAGUUUGUUAAAGAAUUGUUAUCAAGUGAUGCAAUGAAAGACUAUAACAGAGCCCGGGUUUACCUGGAUGAGAACUACAAGUCACAAGAACAUUUUACGGCUCUAGGAAGCUUUUACUUCCUUCAUGAAUCAUUGAAAAACAUCUACCAGUUUGAUUUUAAAGCCAAGAAGUAUAAAAAGGUUACUGGCAAAGAAAUCUACUCAGAUACAUUAGAAAGCACACCUAUGCUGGAAAAAGAGAAGUUUCCACAGGAUUAUUUCCCUGAGUGUAAAUGGUCCAGAAAAGGCUUCAUUCGCACAAGAUGGUGUAUUACUGAUUGUGCCUUUGACUUGGUAAACAUUCAUCUUUUCCAUGAUGCUUCCAAUUUAAUUGCUUGGGAAACAAGCCCAUCGGUUUACUCAGGAAUACGACAUAAGGCUCUUGGUUACGUACUUGAUAGAAUUAGAGAUCAGCGGUUUGAGAAGGUUUCAUAUUUUGUGUUUGGAGAUUUCAACUUUCGACUGGAUUCCAAAUCAGUAGUAGAGACACUUUGUACAAAGGCUACAAUGCAGACUAUCCGGGCAGCUGACACCAAUGAAGUAGUCAAGCUAAUAUUCCGUGAAUCUGAUAAUGACCGAAAGGUUAUGUUACAGUUAGAAAAGAAGCUCUUUGACUAUUUUAAUCAAGAUGUUUUUAGAGACAACAACGGCACUGCGCUUUUAGAAUUUGACAAAGAGCUGUCUGUCUUUAAGGACAAAUUGUAUGAACUGGACAUCUCAUUUCCACCCAGUUAUCCAUACAGUGAAGAUUGUAGCCAGGGAAAGCAGUACAUGAAUACUAGAUGUCCAGCUUGGUGUGAUAGAAUUCUGAUGUCACAGUCAGCCAAGGAACUGAUUCUAAAAUCAGAAAAUGAUGAGAAGAUAGUGAUUUAUGACCAUAUUGGGCCAAAUGUCUGCAUGGGGGAUCACAAGCCUGUGUUCCUGUCCUUUCGAAUAGCUGCUGGGGCAGGAAAAAGAUGCCCUCGAAAUGAGAAGAUCUUUCGUGAAACCACCCUGUAGCAUGGAGGAGGAAAGAAUAAGCAGUAUAUUGAAAUGCAUAAUCCUAACAGCUGUAUUGAUAAAUCAAGUCUUGAGUGCCACAUUUUUAGACUGCUGAUCGUACACUAUGCUUCAGCAUCUGGACUCUGUUCGGGAAAAGCCUCACAUACCUCACUGUCUUGUAUGUUCAUGUGACAUCAAGUAGAAAUGUGGAAUUAUUUUUAUAUAUAUAUAUAUAUAUAUAAAAUAUGUCACGGUUCUGUUGCCAAAACUCUAAUAGACAGCAGAGAUGUUCUGUAUUUUAGAUUUCACAGUUUUCAACUUUUAAUAAGUGUUUGUCAAUGUGGAAAAGCUACUUCAGCACAUUUUAAACUUUUAAAGGUGUCAUGGCUAACAUUAUAUAUCUGUACCAUUUGGGGGUUUUGUACAUUGGAUUAUAUAGAUAGAGAUUUUGAUGGUUUUAAAUGGUAUUUUCUUCAUUGACCAAGGCUUAUGGUUUGUUUUAGUUUUAGAAUUUUGUUUUGUUUUUCAUUUUUUAUAGAUUUUUUUCUCAUGUUAUUUACUAUUCUGCCAUGUAACAUGGUUUUGAAUCACACAGCAGCUGCUUUCUAUACAUACAUAUGUGUGUGUCUAUAUAUAUAUAUAUGUAUGUGUGUGUGUAUAUAUACACAGAUAUAUAAAUAAUUUAUAAACCUUACCAAAACGUAUGCUAAAUAUACUUUCCAUUAUGACUGCUUGAGAGUGCCAUAUCAGCAAUUAGUGUUGGAGUCUAGCAGUUUUAGUUAAGUGUACAUCAACAAUCAGCACUUAUAAAACAAAUAAUAUAUAGCAGUGCCAUCAUCAAUACAGAUAUAUAGUAUACUAUAUAGCACAUAUAUUAGCAGUUUCACUUUGUUAUUCCUAUAAUACCUUCUUUCUAAGUACUAUUAAGGACUGAAUGUGAAGUCUUUAGUUAGGUUUGGGUGUACCUUUCAAGAAUUUUGUAAACUGUUUUUGUCUGUCUUUUGUUACUGUUUUAUGGUGCCGAGUAUUGUAUAUUAAAACAAUAACAACAUGGGAGAAGAAAAUUAGAAGUCUGUUUCAGAUAGCAUCUGCACCCAACACAGACUGUAUUUAUACAAAGUGUUAGCGAAAAGGACUGUAAAUUUUCUUAGUUAGUAGCUUUGUGCAACCUGCAACAUAACCUUGUUAUGAACAUUUUUCUCCCACCACUAAGUACAACAUUAAAAGGUGAUUAGAGAGUCUGUUGAUGAAACACAAAUGUAUGUUUUAUUGAUUUAAUUUAGAACACUACAGAGUUCAUGGACUGUGUGAUGGCAUUAGAUUGAUGCUUGAUUUUGGUAUAAAUCACUACCAUUGAAAAUGAUUUGAUGUCCGCUUGCAGAAUUUGUUUUCACGAUAAUACAGUCUGGGUUUGUAUUAAGUACUGUUGUUCAUAGGGUUUCUGCAGCUCUGUAAUGUCAAUGUGCCAUGUUGCAAUAUAACCACCCGGUAAUUCUAUUUAACACGAAUAGAGGUUCAACUCAUGGUAACUUUGAAGGCCUUUAGAAAUGAGUACUCUGGUUCUCAAGCAAUAAAUCUGAUCAUAAU